AUGUUUUCGAAACGAAGGAGAGUACCUAAAAGCCUUGACUUUUUCAUAAAAAUAUUGAAUGAAGGUACAAAAUUAUUACCAAGUUGGUUUUUCAUUGACUCGUUUUUAAUUAUUGAAAUGACGAAAACAAUGCCUGUACUUGGUCAACUCUCAUUUGAAGAUAAGGUUUAUAAGUGGAAUAAAUUUAUCUCAGUUUUGUAUAUCCUUGGGGCGAAAAAUUCUUAUUAA